AGUGAACUAGAAUUUCCAGUCGUCUCACUAAUGACACAGCGGUGAAGUUGUUAUAUCGCUGUAGAUGCUCAUCAGAGACGGACCACAAUACAAAAUAAGAUGCAAAAAAAAUAUUUCUUCUUUUGCAUCGUUGCCACAACGCUUGCGUUGCCUCAAAGAGGGAAACAUGACUUGACGCCAUCAGCAAGCACCGACAGUCAAGAGUUACAUUCUUUAGUGGACCAAAUAUUCGGACCUGAUAGAGUGAAGCCAUCACCACUGGCAUCAUCAACAUCAUCACCCAGUGAUGACUCCGGAACCACCCCUGACUUGGAAGCUGCACUGGACAAAAUAUUCGGACCUGCUGAAGAGAAGCCCAAGAAACCAUCACCAUUGGCAUCAUCAGCAUCAUCAUGUGGUGAUGACACGGAAACCAAACCAGACUUGGAGGCUCAAAUAUUCAACCCUGACGAUGGAGAGAAGACCGAGGCGCCAUCACAAGUGGUACCAUCACCACCGCCACCAAUUGUCGAUGGCUUUGUGGGAACUGGCGAGGAGUGCGAUCUCCUUGGUCGAACAGGCAUAUGUGUGAAGGCACCAAUGCAGAAAGGCAGCCUCACUCGACGACAAUGAGUUGGACGUGCACGGAGGGGUAUUAAUCUACUGCGAAGUAGCUGAGGAUGUGUGCUGCAAGGAGCUCUUAAAUAAAACCAUAACUACGUGUAAUCAGAACACUUCAGAUUAAA